CAUACAUUUCUGGGAAACAGCGUUGUUGUUCAGGUUUUUGUUCCAUGAUCAUGGCUCCAUCUCUCACUGUAGUACUUCUGGGUCAUACAGGAGUGGGUAAAAGUGCUUCAGGAAAUACCAUUUUAGGAAAACCAGCUUUUAAGUCUGAAAACUACUUUGACUCUGUCACAACUGAGAUCUCCAAGGAAUCAGGAAAAUUGUUUGGGCAAGAAAUCAUUGUGAUUGACACUCCAGGUAUAUUAGAUUCACUUGAAUUAACAAAAGAGAUAGAAGCCAUCUGUCAGAGUCUGACAACAGAAGACAAGCCUCGGAUGUUCCUAGUGGUGGUUCAGAUUGGUCGAUUCACUGAUGAGGCGAAAAAAGCAGUUGAAGAAUCAAUCAGAGUAAUUGGAAACGAGGAACUGAAAAACAGCUACAUCCUCUUUACAAAUGGAGAUUCCCUUAAUAACAAGACACUGGAUGAUUUCAUAAACCGGCGACCAAACGGUCCACUUGUGCAACUUGUCAAUAAGUUUGCAGGGAAACAUCAGUUCAACAAUAAAAAUGGAGGACAGGAGCAAGUCCGAGAGCUUCUGAAGAAGUCAGGACACUUCAACUUGAAUGAUGAUUCCAUGGCAGUGAGGAGGAUCAUCUUACUUGGUUGCCCAGGAGAUGGUAAAAGUGCAUCAGGAAACACCAUCCUUGGAUCUAAUCAUUUCGUUUCAGCUAGUAACUUUACAGCGGUCACUACAGAAAGUGCAUCUCAAUCAGCCCCAGUGGAUGGCCGUAAUGUCACAGUGGUCGACACUCCAGGGUUUAGUCAGAAGGUUCUGACUCCCACCAAGCUGUAUAAAGAGAUAGUGAAGUCAAUACAGAAGGCAGAUCCAGGUCCACAUGUCUUUGUUAUUGUAGUUAGAAUAGGCCGAAUCUCUGAAGCAAACAUUAAACUCUUUGAAAUGCUGCCAGAGCUCUUUGGUAAGAACUGUGUCAAGUACACAAUGAUCCUCUUUACAUAUGGAGAUCUGUUGAACGGUCAAUCGAUUUCUGAUUUGAUCAAGACUGAAGAGUCUAUAAGAAAACUGGUCCAAAUGUGUGAUAAUAGAUACUGUGUGUUUGACAACUCACAGAAAGCAAACAGACAGCAGGUUGAAUACUUUCUGAAAAAAGUUGAUGUGAUGGUUACAGCCAAUGCAGACAAAGAUUGCUUUACUGCUCAGAUGUUUCAUGAUGUUCAGGGAAAAGGAAUGACACGUCACUCAAUGUGGAAUACAUUUGUAGAAUGGUUUAAUUGGCUGCUUGAGUGGUUGGAUCGUUGCCGUCAGAGGAUGCUUGAGAAACUGGCAGAACUGUGCACUUGUCAAAUAAAAUGCUGUUAUGCAGCUCAGGGAACUGUACUGAAGACUUAUUUGUAAGUCUAAUGAGUUUGACUUAAUCACUUUAAAAAAGUAUUCUUAUAGACAGCUUAAGGUAACUGAAUUCAUAUUAAAUAUAUAUAUUGUACUGUAUUAAACAUGUUCCCUACAACAUCAUAAUUUACAAGGUUUCUGAAAUGUUUUGUUUAGAAAACAGAUUUUUUUUUUCUAGGCCUUUAAAUUUUUGUAAAUGGUAAAUGGUCUAUAUUUAUAUAGCGCUUUUACCAAAGCGCUUUACAUACAUUCACACACUGAUGGCAGAAGCUGCCAUCCAAGACGCUCAACUUCGACCCAUCAGGACCAAUUAGGGGUUCGAUGUCUUGCUCAGGGACACCUCAACAUGAGCUCCCCGGGCGGGGAUUGAACCGGCAACCCUUGGGCUACAGGGCGCCCACUCUUUGUAAAGUGUGUCUUUGAUUGUUAAUUGCCUAAUGUAAUCAUCAUGAAGUUUUGUCUCAUGUAACAAACAUUUAUUUUAGCUCUAUUCUGGAGAUGAAUUUGGACUGCAUGUUAAUAUGAAUAUUUUGUCUGAUUAAACUGAUUUCAGAUAAAUGAAAUUGUAUCUCUGCUUGAUGUAGAUAUAGAGGAAGAAAUUUGGUGGUAAAAAAAACAUCUGGAAUGAUGGUGAUCAGCAAUCAUGUAAGCAUUUGGUAAAACUAAAACUUGGAAAAAUAAAAAUUUGCAUAGCACAUUUCAUAUACAAGACAAGUGCUUUAUAUAAAACAUUAAAAGCAUUACAGCGGGGAUGCAGACAAAGCAAUAAAAGGAUAUACCAGAAACAAAAUCAUAUUGAGCCAUUGCAAAAGU